UCAACAAAACCCCAUCCACCUACGUGUCAAUUUCGACCCAACCAUGUCUAUACAAGGAGAAGACGCCGAAAUCCAACCCAGUGAAAGCAAAGAAUCCCAAAAUGCCCAGAUUUACGUAGAAUGCGACCGCAAAUGUCUACACCACGGCGACCGCAUUUGCUUUAACGAUGAACUCGAAAAGCAAACCGUCAAGAAAAUCCCCGCCGAACCCACGAGCACGGAAACCUUGGACUCGGAAGCCAGCAUCCACUCAGGAGAGUCCCAGUUCAAAACAUUCGCUUUCGACGCCGAGGAGCAAGACCCCGACAUGCAGAAGUGCAUGGCGUUUUGGACGGGCAUUCUGGGGAAAAACGUAAAACCGAUCAAGUGUACCGCCUUCCAACAUAAGAAACCUAAACCGAAACGAAGCGAAAAAGAACCGCAGAAGUCAAAGCCCGAUUUUUGUGAUGACGAAAACACGACGAAAUUGUGGCAGGACAUCUACAAAGAUCUACAACGACGAAAUCUGGACAAAUACAAGUUGGUUCGCAGCACGAAAUGCGACCCGUGUGAGUACAUUGAUGAAGAAGCGGAGAAGAAACAGGACGUGAAAGAUAUCAAAAAUUUGAAUCAUUGGAAAACGCACAGUCGACCUUCGAAAAUCGAUGUCCAAGCUCAAGUACAGCGCACGCUAGACACCCUCAAAAAACGAACGACUCAAGCCGGUCCAAAAAAAGUCUCGUCUGUUACGACGGAAGAAAAAAAGGGUGCGGCGAAAGUGGUCAGUGAUAAACCCGCCAAAGUCCCGUUUUCGCCACCACCCCCCACCCGCCAAAAUUCCUCGGAAAGUUGUUCCAUAUGCGGCUACGCCGCAUCCGAAUGCAUUUGUGACCAAAUUGCAGAAAUCGAGAUUCACGAUUCAAAAAUUUUAGACAGUCAACACGAUUUAAACGAAUCUGAGACUUGUUAUCCCUGUGAGUGCUCGACUGAAUGUGUGUGUGAGCCCCCACUGGAAGACAAAGCAAAAAUAUGUACCUGUGGGUGCACUAUAGAUAAGUGCAUUUGUGACGUGCUCAAGGUCAACGAGUGUCCUUGUGACUGCGGCGUCAAGGACUGCUUAUGCCAGGAGUUGUUCACGCGGUCGUGUCAAUGCGGUCACGUCAAUUGUGACUGCGACAUGAUCGAGAUCUUGAACACCUAUCUGGAAACUUUGAACACCCCAACCACCGUUAGUGUCACAAUGGAAAACGACGAUCUGCUCAUGGUUUCUCGGCAGUCUCAAACCGACGCUGAGAUGAAGUGGGUGCUCGAGACGACUCAGAAGCCAGGGAGUUACUGCGUCAUUUGUGGUCAUUAUAAUUGUUACUGUAAACCUGAAAGUCAACCAAAAUAGAAUAAUCGUGUUUGUGA